AUGAGGACAGCCAUAUCUAAGAACUUGUUCAGCAGCUAUCAAGUGGGAAGUUUGAAAGAGGAUGUCAAUAUUCUGCAAUAUGCAUAUGACACUUUGUUUUUUGGAACUGCAAAUUCGGCCAAUGUUAGAGCUUUAAAGUCUAUUCUGAGAUGCUAUGAGCUGGUUUCAGGCCUCAAGAACAAUUAUGCUAAAAGUCAGUUCGGUUGUUUGGGCAAAUCAGAGGGUUGGUGUAGAGAUGCAGCUCAUUUCCUUAACUGCAGCCAGCUGGGUAUUCCUUUCUCUUAUCUUGGAAUUCCAGUGGGGUCAAACCCUAAAAGCUGGAGCGUUUGGCAGCCUAUCAUCAACAAGUUUGAGACCAAGUUGGCAUCUUGGAAGCAUACAUGUCUCUCGAUGGGGGGUAGAAUCACCAUCAUCAAUUCUGUUUUGACAGCUUUGCCCAUCUACUUGCUGUCUUUUUACAGAAUCCCCAAAAAAGUAGUUCAUAAGAUAGUAUCUAUUCAGAGAAACUUUCUUUGGGGAGGUGACAAUGAGACAACUAAGAUCCCUUGGGUCAAAUGGGAUACAGUUUGUCUUUCUAAAAUCAGAGGGGGGUUAGGAAUUAAAGACUUGAACAAGUUUAAUCAGGCCUUGCUUGGCAAAUGGGGUUGGCAGUUGGCAAAUAAUCAGCACCAGCUUUGGGCAAGAACCUUAUUGUCCAAAUAUGGAGGUUGGCAUGCCUUACUAUAUGGCAGAAGCAGUGCAGACAUUUCUCCUUGGUGGAAGGAUUUAAAAUCUGUCUUCGAGCAGCAGCACCACAAUAGUUUGACCAGUAACUUGAGGUGA